UUUCGACCCCCUUGCACCUCCCCUUCCUACCCAUUUACUCAGACCAAUACCCGCUCGGAUUCAGACAUGGCAGACGGACAUCGCGUCGCGGUCUAUUACCAGACCCAAUACGAUCGCACCCUCGCGUCCAACAGUGACUACGGCCACUACGUCUCCCCCCUCCCCCUCAUCACCUUCAUCACCCACCUCAUCCUCGCCGCUUUCCAUAUCAACAUGAACCUCCCCACUACAAUCGCACUGAACGACUACUCGCCCGAUAACCCCUAUUUCGAUCAGAUGUGGGAGGAUAUCGGGAUUAUGAAGCAAGCGGGGAUAAAGGUGAUUGGGAUGUUGGGGGGUGCGGCGCCUGGGACGUAUGAGUGUCUCACGCCGGCCAAUUUCGACACGUAUUAUCCCCAACUGACGGCUUAUAUCGCGAAAUACGAACUGGACGGAAUGGACCUCGAUGUUGAACAGGCGGAGAGCUUGGCAGACAUCAUUAACUUCAUACAACAUCUCAAAGCGGAUUUCGGCGACGACUUCAUCAUCACACUCGCCCCCGUCGCCUCAGCACUCACAGAAUCCGGAAACCUGUCCGGCUUCGACUAUAUCCAACUGGAAGAAUCCAUUGGCAACCACAUAUCCUGGUACAACGCCCAAUUUUAUUCCGGCUUCGGUUAUAUAUACCCAGACGACCAAUACAUCGACAUCCUGAACUACGGAACCGGUCUGGAUCCGAGCAGACUCGUAGCAACCUCCUUGACGAGUGCAGCGAAUGGGGGAGGGUACAUCGCGAUCGACGAGGUGGUGACAGCUGUGAACAUGCUGACGGCGUUGUAUGGUGAUAAGUUCGGUGGUGUGGCGGGAUGGGAGUAUUUCAAUUCGGUGCCGGAUUACGCAGGAGGAGAGCCAUGGCAGUGGGCAGAGACGAUGCAGGGAGCGAUGAAUGGGUCGGUGAUCAGUAACUCAUCGAGGUUGGAUGGUGUCUUGAAGAAGGAUACGAGAAGGGAGGUAUCGAGGAUACGAGGGCGUGCCACCUUGAGAGCGGAGGGGAGCGACGUGUCAGACGAAGAAUCGUAGGUUUGUCAACUUAUUCCGGCUUUAUUUCUCUGGGUUUUAUGGCUCUAUUACGAAUCUCACUGGGUCUUGUGACGAAAACGACGAACAAUAGUCUGUACAAUCAUUAUUGUGUAAGUAUGGCAGCUGCAUAGUCUAAGUAGACGGUAUGAGUCACAGUGAACCCAAGAAGGAGAUCCUAGGUUGAAGUAAAUUGCGACGCUUUCUGUC